GCGGGCUGAGGGUGCACGGCACCGGGGAGGAGGAGGAGGAUGGCGCUGGGGAUGGCGGCGGCGCUCUAGCAGGAGGCGGCGCGGACACGCGUGGAUGUGGUCUCCGGGCCCCGAGCGACCCGAGAUCUAACAAUACAAUGUCAACUGGAAGGGUACGAACGAAAAAAAAGGCAUGUUCUUCAGAUCAAUCUCCAGACAGCCUUCCUGUGAGGAGUUCUGGAAGACAGGUGAAGAAGAAAGCGGCUGAAGCAGCAGCAGACGAUGAUGAUGAAGCGUCAGAGAAGAAAUAUAGAAAGUGUGAAAAAGCUGGAUGCACUGCAACAUGUCCUGUUUGCUUUGCCAGUGCAGCUGAAAGAUGUGCUAAAAAUGGGUAUACAUCUAGAUGGUAUCAUCUUUCCUGUGGGGAACACUUCUGCAAUGAAUGUUUUGACCACUAUUACCGAAGCCAUAAAGAUGGUUAUGAGAAAUACACUGCCUGGAAAAGGAUUUGGACAAGUAAUGGUAAAAGUGAGCCCAGCCCAAAAGCCUUUAUGGCUGAUCAACAGCUUCCUUACUGGGUGCAGUGCACAAAGCCAGACUGUGGUAAAUGGCGUCAGCUGACAAAGGAAAUCCAGCUGACACCACAAAUUGCAAAAACAUACAGAUGUGGUAUGAAACUGAACAAUUCCACCAAGACUGAGGGCUCAGACCAGUGUUCCAUGCCUGAGGACUUGAGAGUGGCUGAAGUUUCAGACCAUUGGUGGUACUCCAUGCUCAUACUCCCUCCUUUGCUGAAAGACAGUGUGGCAGCUCCCUUUCUAGCUGCAUAUUAUCCAGACUGCGUGGGCAUGAGUCCAUCCUGUACCAGCACUAAUCGGUUACCUGGGGAAUCCAACCUUGUGAAGUUAGAGCACUUAAAGAGCGUGCCUAAUUUGACUGUUGCAGGCAUGAACAAGUAUUUCCAGCCUUUUUACCAACCCAACGAAUGCGGGAAAGCACUUUGUGUGAGGCCGGAUGUCAUGGAACUGGAUGAGCUCUAUGAGUUCCCAGAAUAUUCACGAGACCCUACCAUGUACCUGGCACUGAGAAACUUGAUUUUGGCUCUGUGGUACACAAACUGCAAGGAGGCUCUCACCCCUCAAAAAUGUAUCCAUCACAUCAUUGUUCGGGGGCUCGUGCGUAUUCGCUGUGUGCAGGAAAUGGAGAGGAUACUUUAUUUUAUGACAAGGAAAGGGCUAAUCAAUACAGGGCUUCUGUCAGUCAGUUCUGACCAGUACCUUCUUCCUAAGGAAUACCACAAUAAAUCUGUCAUUAUUGUUGGGGCUGGUGCAGCAGGAUUAGCAGCAGCCCGACAACUGCACAACUUUGGAAUUAAGGUCAUUGUCUUAGAAGCUAAAGACAGAAUCGGUGGCCGAGUGUGGGAUGAUAAGACGUUCACGGGAGUCACUGUUGGAAGAGGUGCACAAAUCGUCAAUGGAUGUGUCAACAACCCAGUGGCACUAAUGUGUGAGCAACUUGGCAUUAAAAUGCACAAACUAGGGGAGAAAUGUGACUUGAUCCAGGAAGGCGGAAGGAUAACAGAUCCCACUAUUGAUAAACGCAUGGACUUUCAUUUCAAUGCCAUCCUAGAUGUCGUCUCUGAGUGGAGAAAAGAUAAAACCCAACAUCAAGACGUUCCUCUUGGUGAAAAAAUACAAGAGAUCUAUAAAGCCUUUAUCCAGGAGUCUGGUAUCCAGUUCAGUGAGCUGGAAGAAAAAGUACUACAGUUCCAUCUCAGUAAUUUGGAGUAUGCCUGUGGCAGCAAUCUAUCUCAGGUAUCUGCACGCUCAUGGGACCACAAUGAAUUUUUCGCCCAGUUUGCUGGAGAUCACACUCUUCUAACUGUGGGAUAUUCAACUCUGAUUGAGAAGCUGGCAGAAGGGCUGGACAUCCGGCUGAAUUUCCCAGUACAGAGUAUUGACUAUUCUGGUGAAGAAGUGCAUGUCACUACUGCAGACAGAACAGUGUGGACAACACAAAAGGUAUUAGUGACUGUACCGCUGGCCCUUCUUCAGAAAAAUGCCAUUCAGUUUAAUCCUCCACUGUCAGAAAAAAAGAUUAAAGCCAUUAAUAGUUUGGGAGCAGGAGUCAUUGAGAAGAUUGCCUUGCAGUUUCCUUACAGAUUUUGGGACAGUAAAAUUCAAGGAGCUGAUUUUUUUGGUCACGUUCCACCCAACUCUAGCCAACGUGGGCUCUUUAGUGUUUUCUAUGAUAUGGAUCCAGAGGGCAAAGAAAGCAUUUUAAUGUCAGUGGUCACUGGAGAUGCUGUGGCAACCAUUAAGAAUUUAGAUGAUCAACAAGUACUGCAACAGUGUAUGACUGUACUCAGAGAGCUGUUUAAGGAGCAGGAGGUUCCUGACCCAGUGAAGUUUUUUGUUACCCGCUGGAGCAACGACCCUUGGCUCCAGAUGGCAUACAGCUUUGUGAAAACAGGGGGCAGCGGGGAAGCUUAUGACAUUAUAGCUGAAGACAUACAAGGAAAAAUCUUUUUUGCUGGUGAGGCCACAAAUAGGCACUUUCCUCAGACGGUUACAGGAGCUUACUUGAGUGGGGUUCGAGAAGCCAGCAAAAUAGCAGCAUUUUAAGUACUGAAGUUUUGUGUUUAUAGAUAUAUUUUUAAUUGUUUUCUGUGGGUAAAAUGAUCUUCAAGUUUCCUAUUGCUGCCUUUUUCCUAUGUGGUACUUGAAUAGUAUAUGGUACCUGAAGAUAAAAUCUUCACCUUCUCCUCUUUCUCCCCCUGCCCCGUUUUUAAGCCCUGAUGAUACAUAUUGUUGGGGUGUUUUUUUAAGCCCUGA